AUGCGCCCAGAAACCUAUGAAAGAUAUAAAGCUACCAUCUCUGGCUGGGAACGCACUUCAAAUGGUACCAAAAUUCCUGUUGAUGUUACCUCUAACACUCGGCUUAUCUACACUGACGUCUUCGUCAACGAAAAGAAAAUUUGCAAAUCGAUUUACCCUAAUGUGAGCACUGAAAAGACAAUUUGCACGUACGACACAAACGGAUCCGACGAUUGCGGUGGAUACGUCGGCGACCCCCUCACCAUCACUGAAUCUGACGGAGUGGAGACCCAAAUUGGAAUCGCCAGCUUUGGUCCUCACACAGAAGCAGAGUGCCACAGCGAAACUGGUUAUCCCGACGGCUUCGUCAGAGUCACAUCUUACUCUCCCUUGAUCAAUAUUUGGAGUGACUGA